UGCACACAGUGGGAGGUCUUUCCUGUUGUUGGCGCAGUGCGUAGCAGCCAAUCAGCGUCCGUGUUAACAUCGCAGCCCGGAAAAAGGAAGCUGAAGCCGAAAAGAGCGCCUUGGUUCAAAGUGAAGACGUUACCUGAAGUGUCCUACCCAUCACUGUGAUCAUGAGUUUCUCCCCUGGUCCGUCCGCUCCCCUCGGGUGCACCACUAUCCAGGAGCAGAGGGACCGCUGGAAGAGAAAAUGCAGCCGAAUAUCCAAAGAGUUGGUCCAGACAGAACAGCGCUACUGCCGGCAGCUGGAGCUGGUCACCACUUACUUUGUGGAGAUCUUGAAGGCCAAAGGAACUCUGAGGGAGGACAUUAGAGAAAGCAUCUUUAGUUCAAUUAAAGCCAUUCAUUCAGUAAACCAGUCUCUGCUGGUCCAUUUGGAAAAUGGCUACCUUGGCCGGGGCUUCGACCAGUUCUGCCCACAUCUGCACUACUACAACACAUAUGUGGACAACAUCUAUAAUGCCAGCAAAGUGCUCGGGAUCCAUCUGAAGAAAAACAAAGCCUUCAGGCGUUUUAAGAAACUACAGGAAGCCCGACCAGAGUUCAACAACCAAAAGCUUGAGGACUUGCUUCAACUCCCCAUUCAACGGAUUGAUCAGUAUAAACAUUUCCUACAGGACCUGACUGCCAACACAAGUCCAGACAACCCAGAGUUUCAGCAGAUCUCAAAUGCGGUGACUGCGAUUUGUGAGGUGUCCCAGCGUAUCCAGAACAAUACCCGGUGCCACGAGAACCACCUGCAGCUUUGCCGGGUGCAGAAACUGCUGAAAGGGCGAAAGACAAAGGUGUUGGCUGCAGGGAGGUGGUACAUCCGUGAGGGCUGGCUGAAGAUGGUUCCUCCUAAAGGUGCAGACGCUAAGCCAAAGAUGUUCUUCCUGUUCUCUGACAUGCUGCUGCAGGCCAAGCGCUGCAGCCCACUGCGAACCACCAGCGGAGACAAGUUUACUGGCCAGCACGCCUACCCCCUGCAGGACUGCACGGUGGAGAAGGUGUUUGGCCACACCAGGAGCCAGGGAGGCCUGCUCAGCUUAACCUUCCCCAAAGCCAAACUCCUGCUGAUGUCCAGCAACCAGGAGGAUCUCAAUGACUGGUACCAAAGUCUGAGCUCAGCUAUCAGGAAGCUGCAGCCUAAGACAGAAGUCCGUCAAAGAGAUGAGUUGUGCCGCAGACCACUCCAUUCAACCGCCAACACACACAGCAGCAGCAACCCCAGCAAGAAGAGAAACAUGAUGAGCAUUGAGACAAGCGAGCAUGCUCAGAAGCCUCCAGUUGAGUGGGAGGGCAGUCCCCCAAAGAAGAUGAAGAAGUCUGACGCUCCAGAGCAGAGCAGUGCCGAGGCGUCCACAUCCAGCUGUGUGAUCCUCUGAUGGAUGACUUCUUCUUCUUCAGACUGUGAAUGGAAUUCAGUCUGAUGAUAGUGGAGCGUGCAGGUCCGUCUGAGAGUUUCUCUUCAGAUUGACUUUUGUGUUCCAGUUCUGCCAAACGUGACACACACACACGCAGCUGUAUGCCUGUGCAGUGACUUAUUUUUACGACUUAUUUUUUACUAUGCUUUCUAACAUGUCAACAUGUGAGGUCAGGAGAGGUUAGGAUUAUGACUAACAGCAGCUUCAGCUUCUGCUCAUCCUGUGCAAUAUAACCUAUCUUGAUCUGCUGCUUUAAAAACCAAAUAUGUGAUUAAUGUUUAACUGUGAGCAGGGCGCUGCUGCGGAGGUUCAUCUACACUCUGCACGAGUCAGUUCAGGGGCUCUUUUUCAGCCAGUCCGCUUUUUACACUGCAGUUACAGGCAGACUUUAGAAAAGAAGAGAAAGGAAGAAAUUAAAAAGAACUUUUUGGAUAGGCAGUUAAAUAAAGACACGGCAUAAUAUUCACGGCUGCUGCUUAGUACAGGUGGCCCCACAGGGCUUGGACUAGGUCCCAUUUUUAAAAAGUAAAUGUGUGACACUUUAUACAGUUAAAGCUUUUCCAUUUUCCAGUUGGUUCUGUCCAAUCAGCUCAGUGACUCGUCUUCACCUACAUUCACUUUUCACAUACUGAAGCAAACCGAACGCUUUGUUUCCUUCACUUUCAUUUUAGUUUUCUUAGAGUUCACUUCAUCAUAGAAAUGUACUUUAUAUCCAAAAGGAUUUUUUUUCCCCCCAUGACACUUUUUCAUCAUUAUAUUCAUUUCAUGAAUAUUGCAUUGUCGUGGCAGUUGUUUUACACCAGUGCGCCCUUACCUCUGAGCCAAUACAACACAGCCAAUCACCAUCUGGGUUUAUCCAACUAUUUUCUGUUGCUGUCGUUUGUCCCACAUGACCUGAACGCAUCAGUGCUGCUGCUCUUUUCUCAAAAUAAUCAAAGGAAAUGAUUUUAACCUUCCUUGGAUUACCAGAUAUACAGUAGUUAUCUUACUUGUGAGAAACACUGGGGAAUAACUAUUCUUAUAAUAUUAAUUGAAUGAGUGCAUCAGCUGCACUGGAUUCUACAAAUGACACAAGUCUCUGUGUAGAUUUCUGUGCAGUAUCUGCAUCCAGGAAAGAAACCCUGGUUAACAGAUAUAAUGUUCUACAUGCUGACUGUCUGGUUAUCAUGUCCUUUAUCCUUUACUAUAUAUUUUAUUUACAAACCAACAAAUAUUUGCUUCAUCUGCAUUAUACUUUAUAUAUUUUAUUUUAAUGUGUAUUUUACAGAUUUGUUUUCCUAUUCCUAUUUUUCCUAUUACAUCUGUUUGCUAAAUCCCAAGCUGUUACACUGGUUAGAAAUCAUGAUUGGAGAUGGAAAUAAUGGAAAUGUCCCAAUAAAACAUGUGUGUGUGUGUGUUUUUUCAGCA